AUGCCUCAAACUACUUCAGAAUCAAAAUUAAAUGCCGAAUGUUCAACAAUGAAAUCCGAUAAACAUCCAGUUCGUAAACGGUUUUCAAAAUUUUUAUUGAAAAUACUUUCAAAUUUCAAUCAAUCAAAACAAAAUUAUUCAUCUAACGAUCGACGUAAUACAACAUCAAUUGAUAAACGUCAAUUAAAUUCUCGUCGUCAUAAGCAAUCAAUAAUUGAUGCAGGCAACGAUCGAUUUCUAUAUGGAACACAUUAUCGUAGACGGUCAACCAUUAAACGAAACCCAACAUUAACGUCAAUUCAAGAAGAAAAUGAAAUCGAACUUAUGAAUUGUAUAUAA